AUGUCAAAGAAGAGAAGCGACGAGUAUCUCCGUCAGCGCGAGAGCGGCUUCAACUUGUCGGGCGUGCAUCAGGAUCGUCUGCCGCAGUACAACGCGCUGUUGGACCGCAACUUGCGUCACCACUUCGAAAGUCGGCCGCUGCAGAGCCAUCUGAACGAGCUUGGACUCAUCGAUCAACGUGGUCGAAUCGUGGAUCUCGACAAGCAGAAGAGGCCGAGUGAAAGAUACAGCGUGAAGAGGAAGAGCUGCGUCGUCGUGUACAAACUAAGCGCCAUGACGCCAUUUCACAAUGCUCGUCAGCGAGAGAAACUGCAGCAACUCAAGGAAGAGAAGAAGAUCGCACGGGAAAUCAUACAAGCAUCCAAAGGCUACAGCUCCGCCAGCAAUCUACCCAAAAGCAGAUGA